ACAGAAACAGUCAUGGCACUGCUUCUGCCUGUCCUCCUCAGCUGCUUGGUUGCUCUGCUUGGAGGGCUGUACCUUCUCGGAGUUUUCCGAAAGAGGCGCCCAGGAGAACCCCCUCUUGACAAAGGUCUCAUUCCUUGGCUGGGCCAUGUCUUGGAGUUUCGCAGAGACAGUUUUAAGUUUCUGGAGAGAAUGAAGAAAAAGCAUGGUGAUGUUUUUACGGUGCAGCUCGGAGGAUAUUACUUUACAUUUCUGCAGGACCCCCUCUCCUUUGGGGCUUUUGUUAAGGAGAGUCGAGAGAAGCUGGACUUUAAUAGUUUCGCCGAGCAGCUUGUUAACAGGGUUUUUGGCUACAAAGCUGUCCAGAAUGAUCACCAUGUCCUGCAGAAUGCCAGCAAUAAGCACUUGAAGGGGGAAGGGCUGGAAGUAAUGACACAAGCCAUGAUGAGUAACUUGCAAAACCUUAUGUUGCACAGCGUGGGUUCAGGCACAGGUCAGAACCCCUGGAAGGAAGAUGGACUGUUCAUCUACAGCUACAACAUUGUUUUCCGAGCCGGCUAUUUGGCUUUAUUUGGAAAUGUGCCACACAAGACUGAMGGAGGUGAGGAGAAAGCCAAAGAGAAGGACAGAACUCAUUCAGAAGCUCUGUUUUAUGAAUUUCGUAAAUACGACCAGCUCUUCCCCAACUUGGCAUAUGGAGUCCUUCCACCAAAGCAGAAGUGGGAAGCUGACAGGCUGCAGUCCUACUUCUGGGAUGCUGUCUCUGUGCAGAACAUGAAGGCCAAGGACAACAUCAGUCGCUGGGUGUGGGACAUGCAGCAGUCCAAAGAAGAGGUGGGCAUGAACGAGUCAAUGAUCAACAGGUACAUGUUUGUGCUUCUCUGGGCCUCUCAGGGCAACACUGGACCCUCUUCGUUCUGGCUUCUCCUCUUCCUCCUGAAACACCCCGAGGCCAUGAAAGCAGUGAGGGAAGAGGUUGAUAAAGUUUUGAAGGAGACGGGGCAGGAAGUCAAACGCGGUGGCCCCUUGGUAGACCUGACCCGUGAAAUGCUCAUGAAAACGCCAGUGCUAGACAGCGCAGUGGAAGAGACCCUGCGGCUCACUGCUGCACCCCUCCUUACCAGGGCUGUGCUUCAAGACAUGACUCUCAAGAUGGCCGACGGGYGUGAAUACUUCAUCCGCAAAGGUGACAGGAUGUCAAUCUUUCCUUACAGCGCGGUCCACCUUGACCCACAGAUCCAUCCUGACCCGCAUGCAUUCAAAUACAAUCGCUUUCUGAACCCAGACGGCAGCAAGAAAACUGACUUUUUCAAAGAUGGGAAGAAAGUGAAGUACUACAACAUGCCCUGGGGGGCGGGAGUCUCCAUGUGUCCUGGGCGAUUCUUUGCCACCAAUGAGCUGAAACAGUUUGUGUUCCUCAUGUUGGUGUAUUUUGAGUUUGAGCUGAAGAACCCUGAUGAGGAAAUUCCUGAAAUUGACUUCAGACGUUGGGGCUUCGGAUCGAUGCAGCCCAUCAGAGAUGUUCAGUUUAGAUACAGACUCAGGUUUUAAAGACAUCUUACAAAACAUGCUAUAGUUAUUCUGUGAGUAUUAUUCUGUGACUAUUGAUUGAUUAAAUAGCCUUACACUAAUCGCAUGGGCAUCUUGUAAAAGCUAAACAAGAAUAAUGAAAAUAUAUUGUGUAUUGCUGUAAUACCAAUUCCGUAAAUGUUAUCAAGAAUAUUUUUUUCUGUAUGUUUCAAUAUCUUYUUACAUGCCAUUUUCUUUUUUCGCCAGAAACGCCAGAAAAUAGAAAUUUAUUCUAUUAACACAUUUUGUAGACCUCUUUUCUAUUCAGAAUAAGAUGUCAGAAUUAAACAAGUUAAUCAGCAUUCAACAGUGUUGGAGUUGGUUUACCAUUAACACUUUAUUUAAAAAAGAACUCUUGCUUUAAGAAUGUUUUCUUCUUCUAAAUUAUUUUUUUAAGUAUCAUUUCCUGGGCUAAGAUGUAAUUAUCCCACUCCAGUAAACUGUUUUU